CAGAAACGUCGUACGGGCGACUCCUAGCGUUCAUUGUCGGGGCUUCUGUGGGUCGUGAAGGAAAAUAAAUAAAAAGAGGAGGCGCUAAUUAAAAACGGACAAAAUUGUUUUCAGUACACAGUUACAAGGAUUUUUUCGACACGCUGAAUGUGGCAGCUUUGGCUUUGCUGGGAAAAAGCAGACGGAGAAAGUAAAGUGGCGAGCAGCAGCUGUCAGCGGUGAUCUGAUUGGAUUUGCCUUGCCUUUGUGUUACCAUGGCGAUGCGGGAGUUGGUGGAGGCAGAAUGUGGGGGAGCCAAUCCCCUCAUGAAGUUGACCAGUCACAUGACAAAGGAAGGUGGAGCAUGGCAACACCGUUCAACGCCCACAAUUCCUCCCACUCCCAUUGAAGUUGCAACUGAAGAAGAGCUGGUGAAUGAGUUCCUUCAUGCGCCCCCACGGCCCCCACAAACCUUUGACAUGGGCCAGCUGCUGGAGGAAAUGCAGCAGAUUGACCAGCAAAGCUACAGACAGGCUCCACAGAGAGCUCCAGAUGUGGCAGCAUUGGCCCUCUCUGGGGAUUGGGCGGCUGAGUUCCUUUCAGGCUCUGACUCCGCCUCCACACCAGGGCUCAUCGCUCUAGGUGAUGCAGCAGAUGCUGACUGGACAAAGGAGUUUAUAGCUGAAGCUGCAGAUCCGGGACGUUGGGCAGAGGAGUAUCUGGAGCAGUCAGAGGAGAAGCUGUGGUUGGGAGACCUUGGAGACAAGGAAAAUGAGUGGACAAAGGAGUAUCAGCAAGGAGAAGACCUCAAGCAAGCAGCCAAUGAACUUGUUUCAAAAGUUGAUGACCCCAAGUUACAGAACACAGAGUUUCUUCGAUUCGUUAGGCAGAUUGGCGAAGGCAGUGUCACAGUGGAGAGCAGAACAGACAAACAGCUCACAGAUAAAGCUCAGGCUGAGGUGGCUCAGAACUGGGCCUCCAACUUCAACCAGUUCUUGAUGGAGACAGGGGGAGGGAGUCUUCCUUUGGAAACCCCAGAGGGGAAUGAGAAGAUUGAGAAAGAUAAUGCUAAACAGGCGCAGCAGUGGGCCAAGGUCGUCAGGCAGGUGUCAGAGGAGUCAGCUGAAGCCUGGGUUGAUGAGUUCACCACACCAGGGCCAGAUUUCCAACAAGCCAAAGCUGCAGUGGAGAGUGAUGUGGAUUUUUGGGAGAAGCUGCAGCAGGAGUGGGAGGAGAUGGCUAAGAGGGAUGCAGAGAGCCAUCCGUGGCUUUCUGAUUUUGAUCAGCUACUCAGCACAUCAUAUGACAAGGGGUACCAGUUUGAGGAGGACAACCCAUAUCUAUCCCACGCUAACCCUCUGACUGAAGGAGUGAAGAGGAUGGAGGCGGGUGAUAUUCCUGGAGCUGUGCGGUUGUUUGAAAGUGCAGUCCAAAGAGAACCAGACAACCAGCUGGCUUGGCAAUAUUUGGGAACCUGUCAGGCAGAAAAUGAGCAAGAAUUUGCUGCCAUCAGCGCCCUCCGCAGAUGUAUAGAAUUGAAGAAAGACAACCUCACUGCUCUGAUGGCAUUGGCUGUCAGUUUCACCAACGAAUCACUACACAAGCAGGCCUGUGAGACUCUUCGAGAUUGGCUAAAACACAAUCCCAAAUACCACUCAGUCUGGGAGCAAGGUGAGCGUGAACAUCUGAAGGAUGGUGCCAAUGAAAAAGAGAGGGAGAUAGACAGGUUUGGAUCACUACUGCCAGAGUCACUGUUUAAUCGCGUUCAGUCCCUGUUUUUGCAUGCCGCUAACUCGGACCCAUCCCAUGUGGACCCCCAGCUGCAGUGUGGCCUGGGAGUACUCUUCAACCUCAGUGGGGAGUACGACAAGGCGGUGGACUGUUUCAGCGCUGCUCUUUCUGUCACACCACAGGACUACCUACUGUGGAAUAAGUUGGGUGCUACGCUGGCAAAUGGAAGCCGCUCAGAGGAGGCAGUUGCAGCCUAUAGAAGAGCUCUGGAACUACAGCCAGGUUUUGUCCGCAGUCGCUACAAUUUGGGAAUCAGCUGUGUCAACUUAGGAGCGCACAGGGAAGCAGUGGAGCAUUUCCUGGAAGCUCUGUCUCUACAGCGUCAGGCUGCAGGGGAUGGCGCAGGAGCGAGAGCGGCAAAGGGCCCAGGCGGCGUUGCAGCCACCAUCAUGUCAGACAACAUCUGGUCCACCCUGCGCAUGGCUCUGAGCAUGAUGGGAGAGAGCUCUCUGUACGCUGCUGCUGACCGACGGGACUUGGACACGUUACUCGCUCACUUCUCCCAGAGGGAAGUGGAUGCUGGACCUGAAUGAGAACCAGAGCAGGUAGAGCAUAUCGAGUGUGAAUGCGCACUGCUGGGAGGAAAGUGUCUGGGUGAGUGG